CCCGCCCCCGAGCGUGCUGAGGCUCCUACUGCUCUGUCUCUAUGGAAACCGCUACUGCUUUCCUGUGGCCUCAAACAGAAUGGCGGCUGGGGAGUCAGGUGGCUUCUACUUCAGAUUCCUGCCUCAGAGAACUUUCUCAUCCCUGAGCACCCGGGAGAUCACCAGUCGGCUCCGCCAGUGGUCCAUGCUGGGCAGAAUCCAGGCGCAGGCAUUCAGCUUCGACCAGACGUUCCAGCCCUACCAGAAGGAUGAUUUCGUCAUGGCUUUUUUCAAAGACCCAAAUAUUAUUCCAAAUUUGCAGUUACUUUCAGAUUCUUCUGGACAGUGGACCACAUUAGGAACUGAGGUGAAGAAAAUUGAAGCUAUAAAUGUCCCAUGCACUCAGCUUUCAAUGUCAUUUUUCCAGCGGUUAUACAGUGAAAAUAUUGUUCGAGAGAGUGGACACAUUGUCAAGUGCUUAGAUUCUUUCUGCGAUCCAUUUCUCAUUUCAGAUGAACUGAGAAAGGUUUUGCUCAUGGAAGACUCUGAAAAAUAUGAAGUCUUCAGCCUACUGGAAAGGGAAGAGUUCCUGUUCCGUCUUUUUAAGCAUCUCUGCCUUGGAGGCUCCCUUUGUCAGUAUGAAGAUAUGAUUAAGCCGUAUCUGGAGACAGCAAAGCUGCUCUACAAGGAUCUGGUGAGUGUUCGGAAACAUCCUCGAACCAAGGAAAUACAAAUUACCUCUUCCGUCUUUAAAGUGAAGGCCUACGACUCUGCUGGCUUAUGCUACCCUUCAGCUAAGGAGCAUGAGCAGACGUUCUCCUACUUGGUCGUGGAUCCCAUCAAGCGUCACGUGAACGUCUUAUACCAUUGCUACGGUGUGGGGGACAUGGCUUAGUUUGGUUUGCACCAUCUGUUGUGUCCCUCGUCAGCACUGAUAGACGGACAGAUGUGAUCUUGCAGAUCUGUCGGAAGCAGCUGCAAAGACUAUGUCAAGUUGAAGAAAGCAAACACUAAAGUGCCUUUCUCUUCGUUAGCCUAGCACACUCACACAAGAACCCUGGUGGAGCCUGUACAAGGCAGAAUGUCACAGUUUAUGUUUGUUCUAUCAAGCUGUAGCCAGUCUCAAUUUCCUAUUUUUAAAAAUUGUUUGGGAGGCAAAGGCAGGCAGAUCUCUGUGAGUUCACAGCCAGCCUGGUCUACAGAACUAGUUCCAGGACAGUCAGGGCUACACAAAGAAACCCUGUCUCAGUAAAACAAAUUAAUCAAUUAAUUAGUUAGUUAACUUAAAAAAUUGGUUUUAAUGUUUGAGGAAGUAUCUCAUGUGAGCUUUGAACUCCCUAUGCAACUGAAGCUGGUCUUGAACUCCUGAUCCUCUUUAUGUCAGGAUGAAAGCGUGUAUACCAGGCCUUGCUCUAUGUGCUUUGUUUGGGGAACUAAUUAAUUCUGGUUUAGAAUUGAAACAUUAGACAUCACCACCACCAGUCAUUAAUGUGAAUUAAAACAAUUUUUAAACU